AUGUUUACUACAAAGAACGUGGCCGUAUCAGAGGCUGGGAUUUCAUCUCCUGAUGCAGCGUGUCUGCACCUUCAAGAAAAUCUUGAGCGGGUAAAAGAAAUCGGUCGAGGAGCUUCAGGAGUGGUGUACAAGGCUAUUCACAUCCCAACACUGAAAGUGGUCGCUGUCAAGGACGUGCCAGUCUAUGGACGAGGCCAGCGUCGGCAAAUGGUUCGAGAACUGCAUGCGCUGUAUUCAAACCUCGUACCAAUGUCAGAUAACGAUAGUCCGGUGCCUCAACAUCCUGUUCCCGGGAAAAGCACCACCAAACCCAAAGCAAAGCCAAGUCCCUACAUCGUCUCAUUUUAUGAUGCCUUUGUCGAUCGCCCCAAAAACUCCAUUUGCAUGGUGAUGGAGUAUAUGAGCACGGGGUCGCUGCAAGAUAUCGUUUUACGUGGUGGAUGCCAAAACGAAAAGGUGCUGGCUCGGCUUGCCACUGGCGUAUUACACGGCUUAGCCCACAUUCAUAAUAAGCGGAUGGUGCAUCGUGAUAUCAAGCCGCACAACUUGCUGACGAAUCGACAGGGCGAGGUGAAAAUCUCGGAUUUUGGUUUGGCGCGUACACUAAAUGAUAACUCUACCACGACAAAAACGUUCGUCGGGACCCUUCUCUAUAUGGCUCCUGAACGGAUAGGAGGCGGUGAUUAUUCCUACCCAGCCGAUGUGUGGUCCUUUGGACUAGCAUUGAUAUCGGUGGCGUUGGGUCGAUAUCCGCUUCCUACACAAGAUGGUUUUUUCGGCUUGGUUGACUCUGUUGCAAACGAACAACGCCUCAAACUACCCGCUGAGUCCUUUUCGGAAGAAUGCCGUUCAUUCGUCGAUCAGUGCGUUUUGAUUGACCCAGAACAAAGACCGUCGGCGGAAGAUCUACUUCAGCAUCCGUUUAUUCGCAAGUACACAGCGGAAGAAACACUAGACGAGUGGACAUUAUUCAUCGAUAGAAUCCAGCUGUGUGAAGAGCGCGGCAGUGAGCUGGAAUCGCUAGGUGAUGCAGUGUAUCGGCACAUGUACGAGCACGCAGUGAAGUUUUCGCAUCUGCCCCAGUCGGACUACGGCGUCUCAUUCGUGUCACAAGCAACCCCAACGUUUUCUCGACGAGAAAUCUCUCUGCAGCCAGUGCAAAUGAGUCUUCAGCUUGGCCUAGCGAACUACUUGAACUUACCUGUGCACAUGGUUUAUGAAAAGUUCGAAGAGAAACGCUGCUUCUACAGCGACAAGUUGCUGGAAGAUUAUUGCUAUUCUCCGCAAAGCUGGACGGCGUCUCCUGGAAUCUCGCGGCGUCAGCAAUUUGGGAUCGGUACAGAUAGCCCGCAGCGUACGCCAAGCGAGAGGGGUUCGUUUUGGCGAAAGCUGCAGGAGAGCAUGGCAAAGCUUGGCCACAGUAGGCGCAGAAAGGAACGACAGAGGGGGCGCUCCUCGGUGGCUAUAUAG